AUGGCGAUCUACACCGACGCCAGCGCCUCAACCUCGUACGCGGACACGGGACUUCGCGGUCCGGUCCCGCGCGAUGCGCGCCUCAUCGCCCUCAUCCUCUCCUCCAUGGGCGUAUCCGACGUCGAACCAUCCGUCCUUCUCCAACUCCUCGAAUUUGCGCAUCGUUACACCUACGACGUUCUCUCGGACGCCCUCGUCUACUCGGAUCACGCUAACAGUCGACAGGCUGGCUCCAAUCUCUCCCUUGAAGACGUCAAUCUCGCCAUUCAGAGUCGCGUCAAUUACAGCUUCACCAACCCCCCUGAGAAAGAUAUGCUCCUCGCCCUGGCAAGUACGGUCAACAGCGUACCUCUGCCCCCGAUCAGCGAUCGACACGGAGUAAGGUUGCCGGAAAGGGAACAUUGUUUGACCAACGUAAACUUUGGAUUGGUUCCCAACAAGUUGCCCGAUGGAUGGGACGAGUUUGAAGAGCAGAGAGAGGCGAAGGAAAAGGAAUCCCAAUCGACCGCACCGAGCAACACCCAGGCAUCCACGGUCUUUGAUACCAACACAACAAGAAGGUCCAAUGACGACGAAGACUAUGAUGAGGACGACGAGGAGGAGGAGGUGGGCGAUGAUGGAGAUGUCAGCAUGACCACGGUGCAUCCGAGCCAAUCGCAGCAGGCCGGGACGCAGGAGGGCGAGAAAGAUGCCGAGGCAACCGAUGCAGCAAGGGGCGUCAAGAGGAGUCUCGAUGAGGACGAGGAGUACGAUUGA